CUUCCGGUCCCUCCUCCUUUCCCCUCCCCCGCGCAACAAUCCGAUUGACAUUUAGUUCCGAGAGUCGAGCUGAUCGAGAAGCGUGUCCGCUCCGGAUCGGACAAACCUUCCCCCGAGAUACCCGGUUACGCGUCCCAAUAUUGAGCUGCCCGUUUCGAAGGGAAUAUCAUCCCCUCCUCCUUGUGAGAUGCCUUUACCGGUGACCCCCAUGGAGUUGUACGAGAAAGUGGCUCUCCAAGGGGGUACUGUCCGAUUGCUGAAGUCAAACAAAGCACCAAAGGAAGAAAUCGAUGCUGCUGUGAAGGAACUGUUGGCACUCAAAAUGGAUUACAAAACAUUGACAGGCCAGGAGUACAAGGUUGGUAUACCACCCACUAACAGCACACCAGCUAACAAUAAUAGUCUGGCCACUGCAGAAGAUGAUGGAGACAUUGUGGAUCCAUGGACUGUACAGACAACCAAUGCUAAAGGAGUGGACUAUGACAAAUUGAUUGUUCGGUUCGGAAGCAGCAAAAUUGAUCAGGAGUUAAUUAACAGAAUGGAACAAGUCACUGGUCAGAAAGCUCAUCAUUUCUUUCGCAGAGGAAUCUUCUUCUCUCAUCGCGAUAUGCACCAGAUCCUUGAUGCUUAUGAGAUGAAAAAAUCAUUUUACCUAUACACAGGACGUGGUCCCUCAUCAGAAGCAAUGCAUAUGGGCCACCUUAUUCCAUUCAUCUUCACAAAGUGGCUCCAAGAUGUUUUUGAUGUUCCUCUUGUAAUUCAGCUGACCGAUGAUGAGAAAUAUCUGUGGAAGGACAUAACACUAGAACAAGCCUAUCACUAUGCAGUUGAGAAUGCCAAAGACAUCAUUGCUUGUGGCUUUGAUAUAAAUAAAACCUUUAUCUUCUCUGAUCUGGAUUACAUGGGACAGAGCCCAGGAUUCUAUCAGAAUGUGGUUAAGAUCCAGAAGCACGUUACUUUUAAUCAAGUAAAGGGGAUCUUUGGCUUUGGAGAUAGUGACUGUAUAGGAAAGAUCAGUUUCCCUGCUAUACAGGCUGCUCCGUCUUUCAGCACCUCAUUUCCGCAAAUCUUUAACGGCCAAAAGGAUAUUCAGUGUCUCAUUCCCUGUGCUAUUGACCAGGAUCCAUAUUUUCGGAUGACCAGGGAUGUUGCUCCAAGGAUUGGAUACCCAAAGCCAGCACUGUUGCAUUCAGUGUUCUUCCCUGCUCUGCAAGGAGCACAAACAAAGAUGAGUGCCAGUGACUCCAACUCAUCCAUCUUUCUCACAGAUACUCCAAAACAGAUCAAAACAAAGAUCAACAAGCAUGCUUUUUCUGGUGGUAAGGAUACUAUUGAAGAACACCAACAGUUUGGUGGGAAUUGCGAAGUAGACGUGUCUUACAUGUACUUAAGCUUUUUCCUAGAAGAUGAUGAGAAAUUGGAGAAAAUAAGACAGGAUUAUUCAAGUGGAAAGCUUCUUACGGGAGAGCUGAAGAAGAUUCUUAUUGAAACACUGCAGCCUAUCAUUGCAGAACACCAACUGCGACGCAAGCAGGUGACCAAUGAAACUGUGAAACAGUUCAUGACUCCCCGGAAACUGGUGUUUGACUUUUAAUGACUGAUUGACUGAUUUCAGAACUGGUCAAACUGUACGGAGAAUGAAGUCAGUGUUCAUUUAUCAGGAUCUUAACAUUGUGCUGAGAUUGUGUAACAUUAUGGAUGUAUGUUUUAGAAUAUAUUAAUAAAUAUCACUAAAUUAUAACCAA